UUUUUCUUCAAUCGCUCCUCCAUUCCAUUCCAAAGAAUUAAUAAUGGAUACUGGAAAAGCUUCUCGACUUCACAUGUUCUUCCUCCCCUUCAUGGCUCAAGGUCAUAUGAUACCACUUGUGGACAUUGCCAAGCUGUUUGCGAUACGGGGUAUGAAGUCAACCAUAAUCACCACUCCUCUCAAUGCACCUCUUUUCUCUAAAACAAUUGAAAGGAGCAAGAAUUCAGGCAUUGAUAUUGAUAUCAAGAUCCUCGAGUUUCCUUGUGUUGAGGUUGGCUUGCCUAAUGGAUUAGAAAAUGUUGAGUCAAUCACUUCAGAGAUGGGUGUAGAGACGGUGAACAAAUUUUUCAAGGCCACAGCUCUGCUCCAAGAACCCCUUGAGCAGUUGCUUCAAGAAUUCAAACCAGAUUGCUUGGUUGCUGAUAUACAAUAUGAGCCCCACAAGAAAGUUGUGUCUGAUUCAGAGCCCUUUUUGGUGCCUUACUUCCCUGGUAAUGUCAUGUUCAUGAGAAAACAAUUGCCUGAAUAUGUCACACAUGAUUUCGAAAGCAGUUUUUCCAAGUUAAUUAAAGUAUCUAGAGAAACAGAGGGGAAAUGCUAUGGGGUGAUUGUCAACAGUUUCUAUGAACUGGAGGCAGCUUAUGCUGAUUAUUAUAGGAAUGUUUUGGGAAGAAAGGCAUGGCAUAUUGGUCCAGUUUCACUCUCUAAUAAGGCCAUUGAGGAUAAAGCAGAGAGAGGGAAAAAGACAUCUGUUAGUGAACGUGAGUGCUUGAAGUGGCUUAAUUUACAAAAACCCAACUCAGUUAUCUAUAUUUGUUUUGGAAGUAUGGCCAGGCUUAACUCUGCUCAACUGAAGGAGAUAGCAAUGGGGCUUGAAGCUUCAGGGCAAGGAUUCAUCUGGGUUGUGAGGAAAGAGAAAAACAGCGAAGAAGAAGAAGGUUGGUUGCCUGAAGGAUUUGAGAAGAGAAUGGAAGGGAAAGGGCUAAUAAUAAGAGGAUGGGCACCACAGGUAUUGAUUCUUGAGCAUCAUGCAAUUGGAGGGUUUGUGACACAUUGUGGAUGGAAUUCAGCUUUAGAAGGGGUGUGUGCCGGGGUGCCUAUGGUUACAUGGCCAUUGUCAGGAGAGCAAUUUUACAAUGAAAAGUUGGUGACUCAAGUUUUGGAGAUUGGGGUUGCUGUUGGCGUUCAGAAGUCAGUCAAAAGGGUAGGGGACUUUGUGAGGAGAGAAGCAUUAGAGAAGGCUGUGAAGAAGAUAGUGGUGGGUGAGAGAGCAUAUGAGAUGAGAAGUAGAGCCAAGGCAAUAGGGGAAAUGGCAAGAAAGGCUACUGAAAAAGGAGGUUCAUCUUACUCUAAUUUGAAUGCUCUGAUUGAAGAUUUGAAGAGCUUGCGCUGCCGUUGAACAAGGGAAGAAAGUUAAAAAGAAGAAAGCUCAUCUAUUUUAUUUGGUGUUUGGUACAAUGAAAUUUUAACAUAUUG